CUUCCUCAACUCCACAUGGUAUUUGAAAAAUUAGCACAUCAGCUGUUUUUCAAGCAGUAAUCUGUACUCUCUAAAAUCCUAUAUAUAUAAAUGUCUCAUGCAUGAAUUCUGUUAUUCACUAAAACCCCUUAUUAAACCUUUUCUUCUUUACCAUUUUGUUAGAAACAUACAAUAUAUAUACCACUGAAUUAAUUUAUUUUCAUCUAACAUUUAUUUCUCACCUCCAAAACAUUUCAACUCAUCACACAGAAAAAGAUGAUUUCCUGGAAAGAUUUAUACAAUGUACUAUCAAAUGUAGUACCUCUUUAUGUAGUAAUGAUUUCAGCUUAUGGAUCAGUGAAAUGGUGGAAAAUAUUUACACCAAAUGAAAUCUCAGGAAUCAAUAGAUUUGUAGCACUAUUUGCAGUCCCACUUUUGUCUAUCAAAUUCAUCUCAAACAACAACCCUUAUGCAAUGAACUUCCGCUUCAUUCUAGCAGAUACACUGCAAAAACUUAUAGUCAUACUACUCUUGUUUAUAUGGUGUAAACUGAGUUCAAAAGGAUCUCUUGAAUGGUGUAUCACCCUCUUUUCGCUUUCGGCUCUUCCCAACACACUUGUCGUGGGCAUUCCUUUAUUAGGAGGAAUGUAUGGUGAAGAACUUUCACAAUCUCUAAUGGUGCAACUUUCUGUUAUACAGUUUAAUAUAUGGUUCCCUAUUAUGUUGUUUUUGUAUGAAUAUAGAAGAGCAACAGUUCUAAUUCCUGAGCAAGAGACUGAAAUAAGUACUAAUAGUAGCUCAUCACAUGAAUGUUCUAAGAAUGAUUGUUCUCAGACUUUAAAGUAUGAUGAGGAAAAAGAUUUAGAUAAUGUUAGUGUUCUUCCUUCUAGGUCAUCAAACAAGAUUAUUGAUCAUGAUAAUGAAGAGAAUAUUUGCCCUACAGAAUCGAGCUCGGUGUUGAAGGUUGAGGUCCAUGUGGAAACUGUUGCUGAAUGUAAACCCAAAUCGACAAACACACUCCCUGCAGUUGGAAGUGUGACAACCAGGCAGAUUUUGAUCAUGGUCUGUAAGAAACUUAUGAGGAACCCUAACUUCUACUCUAGUCUUGUUGCUCUAACUUGGUCACUGAUCUCUUUUAGGUGGCAUGUCGAAAUUCCUGCAGUGGUGGCCAAUUCAAUUAAAAUAUUCUCUGAUACAGGACUUGGGAUGGCAAUGUUUAGUCUUGGCUUAUUCAUGGCUUCACAACCAAAAAUAAUUUCCGGUGGGAGUGCAUUAGCUGCCUUAGCUGCAGCCAUGAGGUUCAUUGUGGGACCCGCUAUCACGGCAGCUACUUCAUCUGCUAUUGGAUUAAGAGGGACUCUCUUACAGAUUAUCAUUAUGCAGGCAGCUCUACCACAAGCAAUUGUCUCUUUUGUCUUUGCUCACGAAUACAAUGUUCAUCCUGGUGUUCUUAGCACAGCGGUUAGCUUUGGAAUGCUGAUAUCCUUACCAAUUACACUAGUUUAUUACAUCAUAUUGGGCAUUUGUAUCAAGUGAUCGAAGGGACUAGUUGCAGCGCAAGGAAAAAAGCUAUAUCCCGUUAGACUUUAGAGGACAUAGAUGUACAAUGACUGAGCUGUGUACAAGUUAACCUUUUAACCAUCUCAAUGUAACAAUAUUUCAGGCGAUGUAAAUAUUAGUUACUCCCUUCAAUCAACUCCAAUGUAUUUACCAUA